AUGGGCAAGAUCAAAGUCGGCGGCGGCGGGCGACCCUACCAAGCAAUGUCGAGACAGCACAAACGAACCCUCACAUGGCUCCUGCUUGGGACCAUCGCGUUCGGCGCAUACUACAUGUGGUCGGCAUAUCCAGACCGGCUUGCCGUACCCUUCGCAUCGCACGAGACAUAUAUGAACACUCGACAAGCUCAAAGUCCGCUCAAAUCACAGCAGUCCUAUGACUGGAGACAGGCGCCCUUUAUCAACAAGAUCAAAGAGUACAUACCGCUGCCGCAGCAACCCGUUCGAAACCUCCCGCAAGUGCAGGCCGACUUCCCUCCCGAGACAAGGUCACAAAGACGGUGGAGAGAAGAGCGGAGAGUAGCUGUCCGGGAUGAGUUUCAGCGCUCAUGGGAGAGCUACAGAGAGUUCGCAUUUGGAUUGGACGAGCUCCUGCCGGCCACGGGUGGAAGCGUAAAUACAUUUGGCGGCUGGGGCGCCACGUUGGUCGACUCGCUCGACACGUUAUGGAUAAUGGGCUUCAAGGACUACUUCUACGAGGCUGUAGAGGCGGUGGCUGUGAUUGACUUUGGCAAGUCAGACAUGGAAAGCAUCAGCGUCUUCGAAACCACCAUCAGGUACCUGGGCGGCCUCCUCAGCGCAUACGAUCUGAGCCAGGAGCCGGUGCUGCUGGAGAAGGCUAUCCAGCUGGGAGAAAUGCUGUACAGAGCUUUCGAUACCACGAAUCAUACCCCACUCGGCGGCUUGAAUAUCGAAGAUGCCAAGAACACUCAUCGCUCUGAGUUUCCGGCUGAUAUGAACCUUUGCUUUGCAUGUCUUGGUUCUCUCACCGUGGAGUUCACGCGCCUGGCGCAAAUCACAGAAAAUAAAAAGUACUAUGAUAUCGUAGCGAGGAUCAGCAAGAUGAUGCGCCAUGCACAAGACACCACCCAAAUGCCAGGGCUGUGGCCCACGACCAUCAACGCUGCGAAAGAAGACUUCAACUCAUCACGUUACUUCUCCAUUGGAGCACUCGCAGACUCGACAUACGAGUACUUUCCCAAGAUGCACGCGCUCUUGGGCGGCGUAGAACCAAUCUACGAGAAACUGUACAAAGACUCUGCCGCCAUGAUUGACAAGCACAUGCUCUUUCGCGCCUCAAUCCCAGACGAGAAACUCGGCGCCGACCUGCUCUUCUCCGGCGACGUGUACUCUCCCAGUCAGGGCGAAGCGAAACUGAACACCGAUCUCCAGCAUCUAACGUGCUUCAUCGGCGGCAUGUUCGCUCUCGGCGGGCGUCUCUUCCAAGACGAGCACCACGUUGACCUCGGCGCCAAACUAACAAAAGGAUGUAUAUACACCUACGCCGCCUUUCCAACCGGCAUCAUGCCCGAGACCUUCUCCAUGAUGCCCUGCGACAGCCGCUCUUCCUGCCCCUUCAAUCACACCCAAUGGACCGAAGAGAAGCACGAGACGUGCACUUCACCCGCCACAGACGAUACCACUUCCGAGACGAAGCAAUGCCGCAUUCCCCCAGGCUUCAUCGGCAUAUCCGACCCCCGCUACCUGCUCAGACCAGAAGCGAUCGAAUCUGUAUUCAUCAUGUACCGCAUCACUGCCGACCGCGCAUAUCUGCAUCAUGCAUGGGACAUGUUUAUAUCGAUCGUCACCGCAUCUCGCACGCCGUUUGCAAAUGGCCAGGUGCGUGACGUCACAUUCAUCCCACCGACGAUGCCGGGCAAUAAGGUCCCUGGUGUCCGCGGCCAGAUGCGCACGCGCGAAGACAAUGUGGAAGAUAAAAUGGAGAGUUUUUGGACCGCGGAGACGCUCAAGUACUUUUAUCUGGUGUUCAGUCGCGAGGAUAUGAUUAAUUUGGACGAGUGGGUGUUUAAUACGGAGGCGCAUCCGUUAAGGCGGCCGACGGUUGGGGACUGA